AUGGUAUUCCUGCAAGCGCUCUGGCGCACUCUCUGGCAGGUCUGGAUCGAACCCUUUUUGAUUUUCGUGCAUCUGUACGAACCGGCGGACCGUACAUACGGCCGCUGUGAUGUCCCGUUCAGCAAGAUGGAAUUGCGUCUGCACGAAAAUCCCGAUGUGACGGUAUCGUUCUACAAGACCAUGAUGCCGAAUGGCAAGGACUUUGUGUGGUACCAGGUUUGGGAAGAUAAGCUUGCACAACGCUCGACGGGGCGAUUGGCGGACAUGGUUUUCUGCCAUGGCACGGGUGUACACUCAGGUACGCUGGCGAGCCACUCGCGACGCUAUUUGGAUGCGGGCUACCGUCUCAUUGUACCAGAUCUUCCGUCGCACGGCUAUUCGACAGGUUUGCACGUGUACCAGGCUAGGAUGCGAGGGUACACGGAUGGUGUGCGCCAAGUGAUCCACGAUGUUGCGCGACGUGACGACGAGUUGCAGGGCCACAAGACGCCCAAGCAGAACCGCCGUCGCACCUUCCUACUGGGUCUGUCGUUUGGUGGUCUAGUGGCCACGCUAUACCCGGUAUACUAUCCGGCGGCUAGCCGCGAGGACACGACUGACAUGGACGAGAUUCCGAUUGAUGGUGUGAUUGGCGUGGGUCCCCUUAUCGACUACAACCCGAAGGAUGUCAAGGUGGGCCCUUUUGUCCGCCUGCUUACUGUGAUCACUCGCUUUCUGUACGCCGAGCGUCUGGAGCUGUAUGUGCCGCACAAAAAGGCGGUCGACAGGGACCCUAAGGUCUACAAGCAGCUGAUUGACUCGGACCCCCGCAGUCACCGCGGCUCGUUCCGUGUGGGUCACCUGUUCUGCUUGCGCUACGGCAUUGCCGAUGUGCAGGACAUGACGUAUAAUUUUAAGGUGCCCGUGUACAUCCAGCAUGGUCUCCAGGACCGUGUUGUGUCCGUUCAGUCGUCGGUGAUGUGGCUUCAAAAGGUGCAUUCGACGGACGUGACGAUGACGGUGUACCCCGUGUGCCAGCACGUUAUCUACCGCAAGGCCAAGUCCGAGGAGGAGGACUUGGCUGGCCGUGUGUGUGUGCUGGAGGACAACGUCAGGUGGAUGAAUGAGCGUUGCCCUGGUAGUGGUCACAUUGACCGUGGCAUGUCGUUCUCGUCCGAUUACACAACCGACGGUGAGCAGAUCCAACGCGCUCCGUCGUUCUCGCUGUCAUCUGGUCUCAUGACGCCAAGUGAGCUGGCUCUCAAUGCGCUGUCGCAGAACAAUGAGGAGCGUGUGGCCGACACGAUGCAGACACUCUCCGACAAACUGGACUCGAUUCAGCAGAACGAGACUGCGACGUCGACGGCGCUGCCAGAUUCUGGCGCACAGCUGUCUCAGCGCCAGGUGCGCAAAACCAUGCAAGUUUCGGGCCCUAACAAUUCUGUCGAGCGCCGUAUCUACCGCGAAAACUGGACGCUGCCUGAGGAGAUGCGCCCGUACGACCUGGUCAUCCAGUAG